AUGGUGCUCAAGCGCAUGUUCAGUCGAGGCGCGCUCGCUCGAGAGCGCGCCACGGGGUCGCGCUCGCGGAGAAAACGUGCGAAAACACAGCGUUUCGCGCCCGGCAACCUCAGAGCGCCCGGACGGAAAUUCGUCGUCGUCACCACGGCGGCGCUUCCCUGGAUGACGGGCACGAGCGUGAACCCGCUUCUGCGAGCGGUGUACCUGGCGCGAGGGGACGACACGCGAGAGGUCACGCUCAUGGUGCCGUGGUUGGCCAAGGCGGACCAGGCGAUCGUGUACCCGCGCGAGACGACGUUCGAGACGCCGAGCGAACAAGAGACGUACAUCAGACGAUGGGCGAACGAACGCGUGGGAUUCGAGGCGAGAAUAAAGAUAACGUUUUACCCGGGACGGUACGCGACGGAUAAGGGGAGCAUCGUACCGGUGGGAGACAUCGCGCGCAGGGUGCCAAAGGGAGACAGAGACGUGGCGAUACUGGAAGAGCCGGAGCAUCUGUGUUGGUUUCAUCCGGGGGCGAGGUGGACGUCGAGAUUCAAACACGUGGUGGGAAUCAUUCACACGAAUUACUUGGAGUACGCGCGACGGGAAGAAAACGGGGCGCAGAAGGAGCAGGUGCUACGAUGGAUCAACCAUUUGACGACGCGCUGCCAUACGCACAAGGUGAUCAAACUGUCGGACGCGGUGCAGGACUACGCGCGGUCGAUCACGCAGAACGUGCACGGGGUUUCCAAUGGAUUCAUCGAGGGCGGCAGGGCGAAGGCGAAGGCGAUUAAAAAGGAGGGAAGCGCCGCGUUCCGUCGCGGCGCGUACUUCAUCGGCAAAUGCAUCUGGGCAAAAGGAUAUUCAGAGUUGCUGCACGUUGUGGGUGAUUUCAAUGAAAAGUACGCCAAGGGAAAGAAGGGGGCGCUAGAGAUGGAUGUUUACGGUGACGGUGACGACUUCGCCGUCGUGAAAUCGGCGAUCGCGGAGCAAAAUCUGCCGCUGCGCCUGCUGGGUCGCCUGGACCACGCGGAUCCGAAAAUUCUAGAUUACAAAGUCUUCGUCAAUCCAUCCUUGUCAGACGUCGUCGCGACGACUUCGGCCGAGGCUUUGGCCAUGGGAAAGUUCGUCGUCUGUGCGGAACAUGCGAGCAACGCUUUUUUCGCCACCUUUACGAAUUGCCGAACGUAUUCAAACAUGGAUGAGUUCGCAAAGUGCAUGCGAGAAGUCAUGACCACCACCCCGAAGCCGAUGACGGACGAAGAGCUCCACCGAUUGACAUGGGACGCGGCGACCGAAAGACUGCUCGAUUCCGCGGCUCCGUGCGGCGACACCAAGUACACGCUCAAGAGUCACGUCGCCGAUUGGUUCACCGCUCGAUUCCACUACGCGCUCGUUGCGAGCGAAUCCUUGCGUUGCUUGAUCGGCGGCGGCGCCGGGACACUCGAACCGCCGGAAGAUCUCUCAAAGUGGGACCCGGAUUCGUGGAGUGGAGGUUUGAUGGAUCGAAAAAUGACGUGA